AUGUUUUCAUCCAAGUUUGGAAUAUCAGGGGGCUGCUCUUCAUUUUGGUCAAUUGCUAUAUUAUGCAGCACAGCUGUGGCAACGAUCACUGUGAAUGCUAACCAAGACGUGCAGGAAGAAGCAUCACUUGAGUUCUGCUCUCCUCCAAAGCUGAUACUGAAUGGCUCCCAAACAGAAGCUGGCGAUAAACGGGUGCACAGCGACUACGUUCAGGUGAAGGAGGUGAAGUUUUCGGGUUCGAUUGGUCCUCUAGGCGAGCAGAGACUGUGUAAGAUAAAGUGUAUCGCUGGACAGUGGGUAGGACCUUUGUGUGUUGACCAACAAGCGGACGUCAUCAGAAAUCUAGAGGAUCAACACUACUCUGAAGAAGGCCUCAUUUUUAUUGAUUAUUCUGUAAAAAACAUACACUGUCGUUGGAAAGCGGAAUUGGAGUAUGCUUUAUGA